GAUAAAUGUCUUUUAACCAAAAUAGGAGUCAUGCUCAGCACACGGGUAACAACAGCGUGGCAAACUGGUGCAUAAUGGCGAAGAUGAUUGAUACAAAGAGGACUUUUGAAAGCUACACAUAGUUAAGAUACACUGAAGAUCUAAAAUGGGGAGGCGACAAAAACAAACCUUCGAUUCAGGAACGAAAUCUGUCGCCGCUGAACAAAAUGGCGCCAUGACACAACAAAAUGGCGGCCACAUCGCCGAAGAGCGACACGAACAGAAAGUCGAAUUAAAAGCGAACUUGAACUUAUUACACGGAAUUGCUAUUAUAACCGGAAUUAUAAUUGGCAGUGGAAUAUUUGUGACUCCAGUUGGUGUUUUAGUUCGAGUUCACUCGCCAGGGUUAUCAUUCGUGAUAUGGGGAGCUUCCGGUUUAUGGUCACUACUGUGCGCGCUCUGCAUGGCAGAAUUAGGAACUACGAUUACCCGUUCAGGAGGGGAGUACAUCUACAUUAAAGAAGGACUGGGUGACUUUCCAGCGUUUGUUUGUUUGGUUUUGAAUAUGCUGAUAAUCGCGCCAGUUCCCCCUGCCGUCUCAUCACUGGUCUUGGGGACGUAUAUCCUGAAGCCUAUUUUCAACAUCUGUGAUCCACCGAUGAUAGCCAUACGGUUGAUUGGAGCCACGACAAUCACCCUGCUAACUGCCAUCAACUGUUACAACGUGAAAUGGGCGGCGAAAGUCCAAGUGGUGUUCACGGCGUGCAAGUUGCUGGCGCUGGGCAUCAUCAUCGUCCUUGGGUUCGUCGAGAUGGGAAGGGGCCGACUAGAGAACCUACAUCAUCCGUUCGAAGGCAGUGACUACAGUGCCGGGUCAUUAGCUUUGGCGUUCUAUUCGGGAACAUGGGCCUUUGGAGGAUGGAAUUAUCUAAAUUUUCUGACAGAAGAACUCAAGGACCCAAAUAAAAAUCUCCCCCGGGCUAUUGUGAUCUCCAUACUGGUGGUGACAGGCGUCUACCUGCUGGCGAAUGUCGCCUACAUGACUGUCCUCAGUACGGACGAGAUGCUGGAAUCUCCCGCAGUGGCAGUUACGUUUGCCGAACGGACGCUUGGCCCCGCAGCAUUCAUCAUGCCUCUGUUCGUAGCUGCCUCGGUGUUCGGCGCCAUGAACGGUGGCACACUAGCAAUAUCAAGGGUAUUUUUCAUCGGAGGCGAGGAAGGACAACUUCCUCAGUUCUUCUCCAUGAUCCAUAUGAAACGACUCACCCCAGCGCCCUCCUUGCUUAUCAUGUGUAUGGUAACUCUAGUCAUGUUAACCUCUGGUGAUAUAUUCUACCUUCUGGAGAUGAUGGGAUUCGGAUUCGCCACAAUCUUUGCCAUGGUCCUAGCCUCUAUGUUGUAUAUGCGAUAUAAACUACCAGAUAUACCAAGACCAAUAAAGAUGCCCAUCGUCCUCCCCAUUGCCCUGUUCAUAUGGAGCCUCAUUCUCCUCUCAUUGACGGUUUAUGAGAAGCCUGUUGACAGUGGUAUAUGCCUUCUCAUCAUGAUUGGGUCACUUCCGGUCUACUGGAUAUGUGUCUGCUGGAAGAACAAACCAAAGUUCCUAAUGAGGAAAAUAGAUGCCACCAAUAGGUUCCUUCAAAAGCUUUUACUGGUUGUACCACGUGAUAAGAAGUCAGAAGAUAUGGAAUAACAGGCUGGCUAAGAAGUCUUAGUAUUAUAGAGGGCGUUGGACUCACCACCGACCAAUUUUGGUUAUUCUAGUCGAAAAGUGUUGCAUUAGUAUUGCAGUGUUUGCAUAAUAGGCCUGGUCUGACUGACCCGCGGUAAAGAUGACCCUACCAGACAUAAAACCCUGCAGUGCCAUCAUAUUUAGGGUGCGCUGAUAUUUCUGGAGGCACUCUUUCAUGGGCAGACGGAGCGAGCUGGCCUUUGUUCGUGGAACGCUCGGUAACCCAAUCUGUGCCACGUUGGCUAGUACGAUGUGAUCAGGUUCAGCAGUACGUAGAGGCGGGUGUACAGGAGAAGGUUGGGCAAAAGGUCCUGUGGGUUAACCAUGCUCGUCAACAAAACUUUUGCACUUGCAUCAUGAUUGUACCAAUUCACUCGUUCCCUGAGAACUCAAUUUGCCUGUGUUUACUAGCGGUGUGCGGCAAUCCUGAUAAAGUAUCGAGUUAUACCGACAAAACGAUAGAUGGGCAUGUUGACGGCUGCAGUAACCUUGACGAAUACAAAACAAGGCGAUGAUCGCAAGCUUUGGGUAUACCAUGUUUACUGUUACUGUGUGCCACAAAUUUAAAAACAAACUAGACGCUUAUGUCCAUUGAUUUAUUCAAAAUAAAUAACUCUACAUUUCUAACUAAUAACAAUA